AAAGUUUUAAAGGUGUAAAUAUAUAUAUAUAUAGAAUAUUGUGAUGGCUACAUCUAGUGGAAAUUCAACUGGAUCUACUCAGAUUUUGAACUCAGGUUCUGAAGAAGAUUUGCAGGUUUCAAUGUUAGAUGAAAGGAAAAGAAAGAGAAUGCUAUCAAAUCGUGAAUCAGCAAGAAGAUCAAGGAUGAGAAAACAGAAACAUCUUGAUGAUUUAAUUGGCCAAGUUGCGCAACUGAAAAAGGAAAACAACAACAUCCUUAGCAACAUCAACUUGACAAGUCAACAGUACGCUAAUGUUGAAGCAGAGAACUCUGUUUUAAGAGCUCAGAUGAUUGAACUUAGUCAAAGGUUGCAAUCUCUUAAUGAAAUCCUCAGUUACAUCAAUUCCAACAACAACAAUAAUAAUAAUAAUAACGGAGUUUUUGAAACUCAUCAUCAUUAUCAGGAGGAUAUGAUGAAUAAUUCAUGGAAUUUGAUGUAUGUUAAUCAGCCAAUUAUGGCUUCUGCUGAUAUGCUUUAUCAGUAUUAAUAUUAAAAAAAUAUAUUAGGAAUAAUUAUCACCAUUAACUGUUUUAAUGGUGGUGUUGUUCAAUUAAUGGUGGUUGUGAUGAUGAGUGGAAGGAAGAAUGGAAGGGUUAUUUUAUUACUAGUAUCUUUAUUAUUAUUUGGUUUUAUUGUUACUUUAUUUUAAGCAAUAUGAGCAGUAGAUCUGAGUAAUAUUAUGAGUUAUGAGGAUUAUUAGAAUGAUUUAAGAUGAGUUGACUGGUCUUUUGGGCAUGUAAAAAGGGUCAGGUGUUUGAUAUAUUGGAAUGAAUGGUUGUGAAUGCACUAUGUUUCUCUUUUUAAUAAA